AUGCCAGCCAAGAACUAUCCCUCCGAUCUGGAGAAUGGCAUCGAUUCCAGGGAUGCCAACACCGAGUCUGGCUAUGUGAGCGGUGGCUCCAGUGACGAUUACGUCCCAGAGAUCGUCUUCACCAAGCCUCAUCUUCAAUUCCUGAACCGUCAACUGCAAUUCCUCGAGCCUCAAGACAUUUUGAGAUGGUGCAUCACAUCACUGCCGCACCUCUUCCAGACCACUGCCUUUGGCUUGACUGGUCUCGUCACCCUGGAUAUGCUAUCCAAGUUGGAUGUGCCCCGACCCCAGAUGGUCGACCUCAUCUUCCUCGACACUCUUCACCACUUCCCAGAGACCCUGGCUCUCGUGGACAAGGUCCGCAAGCGUUACCCUCUCAACAACGUGCACGUGUACAAGCCUCUCGGCGCUGACACUGCCGCUGAGUUUGAGUCCAAGUAUGGCUCCCGUCUUUGGGAAGCGGAUGACCAGCUCUACGACUGGGUUGCCAAGGUUGAGCCUGCCCAGCGUGCCUACCGUGAGAUGAAUGUCCACGCCGUUCUCACUGGCCGUCGUCGUAGCCAGGGUGGCAAGCGUGGUGACCUCGACGUCAUUGAGGUCGACGAAGCUGGUCUCAUCAAGAUUAACCCCAUGGCCAACUGGUCCUUCGAUCAGGUCAAGGCCUACGUCAAGGAGCACAACGUCCCCUACAACGAGCUCCUCGACCGUGGCUACAAGAGCGUUGGUGACUGGCACUCGACCCAGCCCGUCGCUGACAAUGAGGAUGAGCGUUCUGGUCGUUGGAAGGGCCAGCAGAAGACUGAGUGCGGUAUCCACAACCCCCGCUCCAAGUACGCUCAGUACUUGAUGGAGAUGGAACGCAAGCGCCAGGAAGAGGCUUUGACUCAGGCACUGCAGUCAUCUCUUGCCUCUGCUGCUCAGUGA